AUGGAUCCUAGGUUUGGUAUCACACCUGAGGAUCUGUACACCUUACAGAUGGAAGUGAAGCAGGUGCACUAUACCCAGAGCAACCAUGCCGAACGCCUCAUGCGACUAGAGAAGCGCCAGGCAGAUGAUGCCGCUUUGAAGUCUGUCUGGAACUCGCCUUUUCCUGGCAUCCUCAGCGGCACACCUCAACACGGUCCUGUUUCUCAACCAGAUGACUUUGAUGACUUUGACGAACAAGGCGAUCAGCUUCUCGGCUCACUGCAUCUUGGUCCUGCUGAAGAGGAGCCAGUUCGACGUGGCGCCGCCUCAAGGGCGAACAGUGUUCGCUUUGACGAAAGUGCCCUGCACGGUUCGAGCUGGGCCGGCCACACCAGACGUCCUUCAGGCGACCUCACGCCAGCUCGACCGGGCAGUGGUCUCUUUAUGGAGCGCUCACUCUCGCACAAAUCCGACGGCAGGCACAGCUCGGCAGGCCACUCUGUACAUUCUCACCACUCUAUGGCCUCAGGCCAGGCUAGCAGCCUCGGCCUCGACACAAAUUUUGCCGUGGAGGAUGACGACGACUCUUCCCUGGAUAUCCCCGGACCGCCCCCCGCCUUCUACAUCCUGGGGACCGUGCCCUCGAUCGUACGGUGUUGGCUUACGACAAAUUACGCCCACGCUACGCUUUUGUAUGCCGACAUAUGCACGGGAUCGCAGAAGUCAACGGUGGAUGACUCGCUUGUCAAGGAGCUCGGGUUGGGAGACGAGGCCGAGCGGGGGGCGGAUGGCACCUGGCGCAUCCGCCUCAACGUCUAUCUUUCCGAGGCAGUCGUUGUCCACCAUAGUGGUCGGUCACCCAGUCUUGACCGACCCAUCCCAUUCAUAUCCGUGCUUUUCGAGAUCACAGGAACAGAUGGGCCGGGAACACUUGGCGAGGGUGGUGGCGGAGUCCGCAUCUUCAUCGGCAGCGACGCGCUCAGGGCGCAUUCAGCUGACAUCAUGUUUUCGAGGAACACCAUGAUCCUGUACGGAGACGACAAGUCGCGUCUGCGAGUCCCGUUCGUGCGACCCGAGGACGAGACUAGCUUCGAGAACAUCAGCACCACCAACGUCAUGCCCGAAAAGCCUAGGCUCAACGCCAACGCCGCGCCCUUCAUCCUGGCGGACGCCCAAGAGACUCCGGCAGAUGAGCAGCAGCCCAAGCGCCCCCUAGCCAGAAGCCUCGAUGACCAUGAAGCAUAUAACCAACACGUGCACCAGCACGACGGCGCCGUAUCGCCUACGGAAGCGCCCCGACGCAGACUACGUAGCAGCACGGGUCCGCCAGCCAGCGCGUCAGACACGGGCGGUGAGAGUGAGAGGUCCACCAAGUCGAGGAACAACGAGGCAGGAUCAGCAAAGCGAGACGGAUCUGUCGCAUCGGAGACAGGCGGCCAGAAGGUUUCAUCCAGCGGCGGAGGCGGCAUCUGGAGUUCCUGGCGCCAAGGGACCGGUAGCACGGGCGGCAGCGGCGGCGUGGACGGCCCCCUCAGCGGCUACCAACCUGCAGCUGCUCGUGGCGGUCGCAAUAUGAAGGUUCUCAAGCCGCAGAAAUCGGCAUCGUCCACCUCAGCCAGGACCGGCGCAUCCUACGAGCCACCGCCGCCCACGGCUGGAACAGGCAGCCGUGAAGGACGCCGCAAGAGCCAGGCAAGCGCCAGCGCCGGUCCGGGCGAGCAGACGUCGUCCUCGCAGCCGCAGUCGCAGUCGCAGCCCACCAGCCGUUGGGAACAGGGGAGACGGGCAGCAAGCUCCGGAUCAGAAGCAGCCAAGUCCUCGGCGGGUCGAGAGUCGACGCGACAGUCGCAAUCGCAGACACUUUCCCGUUCAGCGAACUCCGUAGGCGGGGCAAUGGCGUUCUCUUGGAUGGGAUCGCCUGUGAAACCCAAGUCGACGACGACAGCUCAAUAG